AUGUCUCUCCAUGCAGUAGCCUUAGCGAGCUACAGCAGAACAGAAAGGCAUCCUGGGGGUUUAAACCACAAAAGCCUAAAGGUGGCUUUCACCGAGUCAGCGUAUUCUUCAAAUCCCUCAGCGAGGAUUAGCUGCCUUGCUCCGACACCUCAAAUCUCCGUUCUCUCAGAUGAAUACUUGAGGCCAGCAGUGAUUGGACAUGCUGGAAGUGUUGGAUCGUACCCAGACAGUGCUGAAGCUAUCAAAGGCAUUCUCGUCUCUGUUUUAAACGCAUCUGGUUUGAAGCCCUCGUUGGUGCUGGAGCAGACCGCAAUGCAGGGAGCUGAGCAUCUGGACAGUGACAUGGAACGGUGGGAAGAAAGCAGCGACGGGGAUAGCCAUGACGACAGCGACAGCGAUUCUGCACAUCACAACGCUGCCUGUACACAGACAGACAUUCGGUUUACAAGGCACCGGGCGUGUUGGGACAACACGCGCUGCGAUUCCUCUAAACCUUCACUGGAUACUUUCUUUUGUCCCCUAAGUUACUCUGACGGGGAUCCCGCUGCUUCCUCCUUCGAUGGCUUCACUCUUUCGGACGUGUCCCCUCUGAAGCGGGACUGCUUUACCCAGGUGACGUUAACAGGAGGCACUGUCACAUCGGCUGUUGUGCGUUGUGGAAAAGAACGUUGUACUUCCCCUGAAGAAGACUUGACUUUCACAAGGUUUCUUCCCAAUUCAACUGUUGGUAAGCCAGCAGAUCUGUUGAAAUACCCUGAUGCUUUGGAGCCUGUGCCUGUCAGCAACAGUGACAGCAAUUCUCCCAGUGGACUUUCCCAGUCAGAGCCAGUCAAUCGAACAGGUUCUACUUCUCCUUUGAACAUAAGUGCUAUACCCUUGAAUCGUUCGUUGCAGGACAUCUGCAUGCUUCCAGAAGAUGUGGAGAAGGAAAACGCGCACUUUUUUGUUGCAGAUAUGAUUAUAGCAUCACUAGAAAAAAUGAAAUGUAAUAUCCUAAGCCGACAAGCAGAGUCCUGGGGUGUGGAGGAAACAAGUGGAUCAGAUGGCAGCUAUCACACUGAUUUGGAGUUAUCUUCUUACCCUGGAGUGAAGAAGUCUGAUUCUUCUGUUGCCUCUUCAGACAGUGGUUAUGAAGGCUGUGCUCUGCUGCCUGUCAGCUCCCCAGUGCAUCUACCAUCACAUCAUGAGGUUACCAGAUUUUGUUGCCACAGUGACUCAGAGGAUGAGUAUGUAAUUAUUGAACUUGAAGACCUUGAAAAUCUGUCUGUUGUCCCAGAUGAAAGAUCACCUUUUGAACCAGGCAGCAAUUCUGCUGAAGCGACAGCUCAGGAGUUGUGCAGAGCUUUCAGAAAACACUGGUUGCAGAUAGACUCUGCAGUUCAACUGUCUGGUUGCCUGAGCUCAUCUAAGCAGAGAUCUGUGUUGAAAGAAGAGAUUCCAAGAGAGCUUGAGUCCAGUUUGAAUCUGGCUGAAGAAAUAAAGAUCAUAUCCAAAUUAAGAGGAUCUUCUGGCUGGGCCCCACCAAGAUCGCAGAUUAUAUUUAAUAUUCACCCUUCAGUCAAGAGAGAUGCAGUGGUGGCUGCCCAAAACUUUACAUGUGUUGGUUGUGGAACCCCGAUAGAAAGCAAAUAUAUCAGGAGACUCCGCUAUUGUGACUACCUGGGGAAAUACUUCUGUGACUGCUGCCACAGCUAUGCCCAGUCUUCCAUUCCGGCCCGAAUACUGAUGAAGUGGGACUUCAAAAAAUACUAUGUAUGCAACUUCUCCAAACACCUUCUGGACAGCAUAUGGCAGCACCCAAUUUUCAAUGUGUCAUGUAUUAACGAAGCCCUCUACACAAAAAGUAAAGAAAUGGACAGGGUGAGGGAGACACAAGAACAGCUUUUUCAUUUAAAAAAGCUCUUGAAAACCUGCAGGUUUGGUGAAAGUGUACUGAAGGAAUUUGAACAGCUCCCCAGCCAUCUGACAGAGGAGCUGCAUCUCUUCUCACUGGAUGAUCUGGUGAAGAUCAAACGAGGGCAGUUACUGCCCCUUCUUAAAGAUAUUCUGAAGAGCUCCACCUCCCAUGUGGAUGGUUGUGAGCUCUGUCAAGCAAAGGGGUUUAUCUGUGAAUUCUGUCAGAGCGCAGAUCUGCUCUUUCCACAUCAGAUUGCCAAAUGCAAAAGGUGCACAGAGUGCAAAACAUGCUUUCACAAAGCAUGCUUCAAGUCCGGAGGCUGCCCCAAAUGUCUGCGGAUUGCAGCUCGGAGGACGCUUUCAGAAACUCCGUCACUGGUGUCUCCAUGAAACUGGAUUCCAAUGAUGACUGCUGAUUUCAAAAGAUGCUCAAAGCCAAAUCUUCAGGUGCCUGACUAAGAACUA